AGAAGAUCUAAAGAGAGGAAGAGAGCCUAAGACUUUCAUCGGCGGAGCGAUGAGCAUCAGUGACUCAUAUCCACCGGCUUUCCGGCGUGUAAUCAACGACGGAGAUCCUCCAGCUACGCCAGAGAUCGAACCGGUUCUUGUCGGGGACAAGGAUAUCCCUAUACCGGUUAUCGAUUUGGAGCGUUUGGACAAGGAGAUACUAACAGAGGCAUGCAAAGAGUGGGGAAUAUUCCGUCUGGAGAAUCACGGAGUACCGUUGGCGUUGACGUCAAAGCUUCAGGAGAUCUCGGAAUCGUUGCUGAGUCUGCCGUUUGAGAACAAACGAGAAUUGUUCACCGCCGUUAAGUCUCCGUUAUCGUAUUUCUGGGGAACACCCGCUCUAAAUCGUUUGGGAGAUGCACUUAAGAGAGGAACUCAAGCUUCGAACGUGAACAUGGUCGAAGGUUUCAACGUCCCUCUCUCUUCUCUCUCGAAGCUUCCAGCUUCUACUUCUUGUGAUGAUGAUGAUGAUGAUGCUCAACAUUCAAGACUAGAGUCUUUCAGAGUGUUGAUGGAGGAAUAUGGAAGGCACAUAACAAGAAUUGCCGUAACCUUAUUUCAUGCUAUAGCACAAACUCUGAACCUAGAAUUAUCCGGUGACCGGAGAUCAGAAUACUUAUCGGAGUCCACAGGGCUCAUAAGGGUUUACCGGUAUCCCUCCAGCUCCUCUGGUGAGACAGCCGGAGAAGCUCUGGGGAUGGAAGUCCACACGGAUAGUUCGGUGAUCUCAGUAUUAAAAGAAGAUGAAACUGGAGGGCUUGAGAUCAUGAAAGGUGAAGAAUGGUUCCGUGUAGAACCUGUUGCUAAUACUCUCAUCGUCAGUCUCGGAGAUAUGAUGCAGGUGAUAAGCGACGAUGCGUACAAGAGUGUGAAGCAUAGAGUGAAGAAGAAGGAUAUAAAGAGAGACAGAUACUCGGUGUGUUAUUUUGUGUUCCCACAAAGAGAUUGCGUGAUAAAGUCAUCAAAAUAUAAGCCAUUCACUUACUCAGAGUUUGAAGCUCAAGUUCAGGCGGAUAUUCAGUCCAUUGGGACCAAGAUUGGCCUUCCUAGAUUCACACCCUAAUUAAAUCUCCACUCUUUCUCUGAUCGUGUCGGAAAAUUUAGUAUCCAAUGGUAACAAAUACAUAGUACUGGUAUAUUCUAAAAUACUAGCUAGUAUAUUCUAAAAUUGUUUUAUGGCAUACUGAAGUCAUUGCUUUAGUGAUAAUUGCCAUAAUGAAGCAAUUUUGCUUUAGUGUGAUUUAGCAUAAUGCAAUAUUGCUUUAGUGUGAAUUGCAAUAAUGAAAGCAAUUUUGUGUUAGUGGUUAGUGGACCACAUCAACUGCUUAAAACAAAUUUUAU